AUGGCUACUUUAAAAUUAAAUUCUGGUCAUUUAAUGCCAUUAGUUGGUUUUGGUUGUUGGAAAGUUGACAACGCCACUGCUGCUGAACAAAUCUACAAUGCCAUUAAAGUCGGAUAUAGAUUAUUCGAUGGUGCUGAAGAUUACGGUAAUGAAAAAGAAGUUGGUGAUGGUAUCAACAAAGCUAUUAAAGAUGGUUUAGUUAAAAGAGAAGAAUUAUUCAUUACUUCUAAAUUAUGGAAUAAUUUCCAUGAUCCAAAAAACGUUGAAACCGCUUUAAACAGAACUUUAAGUGAUUUAAAAUUAGAUUAUGUUGAUUUAUUCUUAAUCCAUUUCCCAAUUUCUUUUAAAUUUGUUCCAUUAGAAGAAAAAUAUCCACCUGGUUUUUACUGUGGUGAUGGUGACAAUUUCCAUUAUGAAAAUGUUACAUUAUUACAAACUUGGAAAGCUUUAGAAAAAUUAGUUAAAGCUGGUAAAAUUAAGUCCAUUGGUAUUUCUAACUUCACUGGUGCUUUAAUUUACGAUUUAUUAAGAGAUGCUGAAAUCCCACCAGCUGUCUUACAAAUUGAACAUCAUCCAUACUUACAACAACCAAGAUUAGUUGAAUGGGUUCAAUCUAAAGGUAUUGCUAUUACUGCUUAUUCAUCAUUUGGUCCUCAAUCUUUCUUAGAAUUAAACCAUUCUAAAGCUUUAGUUACUGAAACUUUAUUCAAACAUGCUACUGUUUUAACUAUUGCUGAAAGAGUUAAAAGAACUCCAGCUCAAGUUUUAUUAAGAUGGGCUUCUCAAAGAAACAUUGCUAUUAUUCCAAAAUCAAAUAAUCCAGGUAGAUUAGCUCAAAAUUUGGAAGUUAAUGAUUUCGAUUUAACUGAAGCUGAUUUCGAAGCUAUUUCUAAAUUAGAUGUUGGUUUAAGAUUCAACGAUCCAUGGGAUUGGGAUAAGAUUCCAAUCUUUGUCUAA